AUUAGAUCAGCUCUCAAGUUUUCUAUCAUACUUUCCCUCAAUCCAAACACUAGAAAAGGCGAGAAAAACUCGUCCAGAAAAGAAAUUUUGAGCUUAAAAAAGGAUGAAGAAAUUAAGAACCUGUUACUCGCAGUUUCGUCACAACAGCAAUCAAGCAAUGGAGCGAAAAUGGAUCUUGCCGUUAGCUGUUGGCUCCAUCGUUUCAUUGUUUCUACUCUUUAUAACAACUUUAACCUCUUUCGAUGGCUCCCCGUUUCUUUUCUUCUACCAUCCCUCCGCCGUAAUCGGCGGUUCCUCCCCUUUCGUGGAGAGCCAACUCAAACCCAUCCCUGUCUCAACUCUCCCUCCACCUCCCCGCUUCGCUUACCUCAUUUCGGGCUCCGCCGGCGACGGUCGGAUGCUGAGGAGGACCCUUUUAGUCCUUUACCAUCCUUUGAAUCAAUACGUGGUUCAUCUUGACCGGAAAGCUAGCUCCGAGGAGAGGCUCGAUCUGGAGAAGUAUGUGAAAGAUCAUCAAGUGUUUAAUAGAUUUGGGAAUGUUAGGAUGAUUGUGAAAGCUAAUUUGGUUACUUAUAGAGGUCCUACUAUGGUUGCUAAUACGCUUCACGCUGCUGCAAUUUUGUUGAAAGAAGGUGGAGACUGGGAUUGGUUUAUUAAUCUCAGUGCUUCUGAUUAUCCCCUUGUUACUCAAGAUGAUCUGUUCCACACAUUUUCAUACUUGCCGAGGGAUCUGAAUUUCAUUGAUCAUACAAGCAAUAUUGGGUGGAAAGAGUCGCAUAGAGCAAAGCCAAUUAUUAUAGAUCCAGGGUUGUAUAGUGUGAAAAAAUCUGAUGUGUUUUGGGCUACUCAAAGGAGAAGUGUGCCUACUGCAUUCAAACUCUUUACAGGCUCUGCUUGGAUGGCACUUUCUCGAUCUUUCAUCGAUUACUGCAUUCGGGGAUGGGACAACCUACCUCGAACCGUCCUCAUGUACUAUGCUAACUUCUUAUCGUCUCCGGAAGGUUACUUCCACACCGUGAUUUGUAAUGCUCAAGAAUUCCGCAACACUACUGUAAACAGUGACCUCCAUUUUAUAUCGUGGGAUAACCCUCCUAAGCAGCAUCCUCAUCUCCUCAAGCUUGCCGACAUGGAACGGAUGAUUAACAGCAAUGCCCCUUUCGCAAGAAAGUUCCCUUGGGAUGAUCCGGUGCUAGACAAGAUCGACUCCGAGAUCUUGUCUCGGGGUCCUGACAUGUUUACUCCCGGUGGUUGGUGUGUAGGAAGCGCGCAAAACGGAAGUGAUCCUUGUUCUGUUAUCGGUAAUACAACAGUCAUCAAGCCUGGCCCUGGAGCAACAAGGUUGGAAACCUUGAUCAGUGCUCUUCUAUCCAAUGACAAUUUUCGACCGCGGCAAUGCAAAUGAUACCAUCAGAAACUUGGUUAGUGGGGCACUCAUACCGGUUAGGGUUCGGUUAUACAUAAAUCAGAAGACGAAGAUGAAGUCGGUGCAUCAAGUGUUCAGCAUAAAAUUAUGGAUUACAAGUUACCAAAAUGGAUAAACUACAUUAACAGUUACUGAACUUUUAGGUUGCUACUAAUUUCGUCACCAAAAUAAUUGUAGUUCAAAAAUAUUACUCAAUUGUUAAUUAACGACAUCUGAGUGAGCA